AUGUGUCAGCGGCCGCAACGUGUUCCAUGCCGUAUUGUGCCCCCCGGUGUCGCAGUGCCUCUUCAGCGCGAGACUGCCUCCUCCAUCUUGCCGUGCAGCUGCAGCCUGAACACGGUGGCCCUAUUUCCAGAGGGGCCACCUUCUCCACCUCUGCCACUCUCUCGCUGUGAACUUCAUGAGCUCCUCCUGGCACUCCCACAGAGCCUGCAUCACUCGCCAUGGCGUGUCUGCUACGACACGGAACAUGAUGGAUUCUCGUUGCAGCAUUUCUACCGUACGAUGAAGCAAGUUCGCGACGAGGGCGAGCAUGGCAUAGGCAUCUUUGUGGUGAGUGAUGGUGUGCCAAACGCAACACUGCCCACAGCUUUAGAGGGAACUCCGUCAGGGCCAAAGAAUCAGAGUGGUGUCUCCGCACCGCCAAAUGUUGUCGUGCUGGGCUGCUUCACACCGGAGGUGCCAUGCUUGGAGCACUCCCAGCACGCCUUCUUUGGAACUCAGGACACGUUUGUCUUUACGUACGCUGAUGUGAACCGCUACGCACCUGAGCAAAUGCGUGGGGGCCGGCAGAAUGCAGUUGGCAUGAUGCCGACACAGGCCUCACCUAGGGCGGGUCAAAUUGCCUUGAAUCGAAAAACGGCAAUGCACGUGUCAACGUCGUCAGUGCAGUUGCCUGCAUUCUCAGACCCGGCGGUCCUGCCUUGUAUUUUGUCUGUUUACCCCUGGACGUUGGAGGAGGGAAACAAUGAAUUUAUGGUGUGCUCCAAUAAUUUUUUUGGUAUUGGUGGUGGAUCCGACGGGGCGGCAAUAUUUGUUGAUGCCAGCUUGUCGCAUGGAACCAGUAGCGUUUACUGCAGCACCUUUGCGUCACCCCCGUUGGGUGGACGGCUACGAGCGACACUGCGACACUCAGAGUUUACGGUACUGCGAAUGAUAUGGUUCAAGGUGAAGGAUAGAAAAGAGAUCUUCACUUGCAUGAAUUUUCCAAAGUGUGAGCCAUGCAACUGCGGGAGGGUGCUGGAGGUUGAUGACGGGAAUUGCACGGUACGAGUACGCCACCGUGGGCAUAACGCUGCUUGGCACCGAUGCAAUGAGAGCCAUCAAACCCUUUUUGGCACAGUUGCUGGUCGUGAAGAGGGGGUGGUAGGAGAAAUAAAUGACAAAAAAAAGGAGGAAAAACACCAAUGUGUACAUAUGUGA